UCAAUGGCGGCUGGUCGACAAAAGUCUUGUUGUUGUUGUUUGUGUUGCUUCGAUCUCGCUUGUUUCUUCUCCGAUGUUGGGUCUCGAAGCUGAUAACCAUGUCCAGGAUGUUAUUAAUCUAGCCUGUAAAAAAGCAUUGAAAAGGAAAAGGCCAAGUAGUGGAAAAUGGCAAUCACUUGAAGAUAGACUUCUUGACUGCUACAUUGAGUCUUGCGAGGGAGCACCUAAGGACAAGAGGUUUUGUCAUGGUGUCAAUUUGCUGGAGAAAGUUGUCCAUCAAGACAAUCUCUCGACUCUUGUAGUCAAUUUGUAUCCAAACCACGAGGGCUAUUCUUUGAUGCUGAAAGGGAAAAAUGGAACGGAAUCUGAAACUGUAAAACUCCCAUACGAGGAGUCAGAAUUUCUAGAUUAUCUGGAUGCUCAGGAGCUUCCUCCUAUUCUUAUAGACUUGUUGGAAAAAUCUCAAGUAAAUGUCUUUUAUAGUGGCUGUGUAAUAGUUGAGGUCAGAGACUACAGACAAACCCUGUCAGAGUCGAACUAUGAAAGCAGUUAUGUGUUACUAAAGCCAACAUUUCAGACACUGGUUUGUGAUGUGAAUGCAUUAGCUGAUUCCCACUGGACACAAGAAGAUAAGCUGGCUCUUGAGGCACAUCUACUCUUGGCAACAGAAGGCCCACUAUGCCUUGAUCCUUCACCUGACGUCGGCUUGGUUACCAACCAGCUGCAAUUCAACCAGAAAAAAUUUAACUGUCAUGCUCUUAAAAGUAGUCUAAGGAACUAUGGCCAAGCCUUCCUCAAGAGAGCAUCUGUAGCCUCUACAAACCCAUCUCCUUCAAAUCUCAAGUUGAUAGACUUCCUUGGUCACUACAAGAAACCACAGCCACCAGUGAACCUUCGACUUGCCAAGACACCACAAAUUACAGAUACAUGGAGACAGAAACCUAUGCAUCUUGCAGUGCCUUCAAGACUUGAUGUUGAUUUAUACGCCAAAAUGAUAGAGAGACCCAAACUAAGCAGUGAUAACAGCCCAGACACAGUCCAAGAGAUAACUCUAGAAGGAGAAAAGACCAACAAUAGGAACUAUUACUGUAAGGUGACGAUACAACGAAGACCAACUGACCUGCAGUACCUAGGGGAGUUGUAUCUUGAAGAAGAUACCUCUGGUAAUGGAGCAAGUAUGCAAGGUGGAAGUGGCAAUAGGGGCAAAGGAACUGGAAAAGCUUGUCAGUUUUUCUUAGGAAGCAAAUUAAGCGCACAAAAGUAUCUUCAACAAUUCAAAGAUCUGUACACUGAAGAAGGUCGCAAGUCAGUCAAGAUAUGCAACUUUAUACCUGGCCAACACACCAAUCAGUCUACCAGUCAUCACAAUGUUAUAGCCAAUCAGGGUCCACCACAGGCAACCCAGAAUGCUCUUCAAAUUGAAACCAGCACAUCAGAAAGUAGUGAACAUGAUACUAGCGGCACCACUACAAACCCUACACUUCCUAUUACUACUUCUAUUAAUCUCCCUUCUCAAGCUUCUGUGUUGCCAAGUUCAAACCUGUCGAGCUUACAGACUUAUGGACAGAAGUUGGCAGCCUUCCAGCAACAGCAGCAACAACAAUCACAUAGUUCUGUAGUAUCAUUGUCUCAGACCGUGACAGGGUCUUCUGUGGCUGUUGGUACUAAAUCUACACAGUCAGGAGGCAAGAAAGUUACAGGAUCAAUCGCCAAGUCAUCUAUAAACAACCCUAUUUCAACCAAGACACAGCACACUACCCUGCCCAGGCGUCACUCACAGCAAACAGAUAUUAACAGCCAACAGUCGCCUACUACAGUAACAGGAGGAUAUACUGGAGUCAUGGGUACAUAUAUACAGCCUGUAGGGAGUGGAGGAGUAAAUGUGACACUACCAUCAGGCGUGACUGUAGCAGUAGCAAGUGGUACUCCCAUUGUCUCUGUUAAUAACAGUGUUGCUUCUAUCACACCUGGUAAUAUACAAGGCCAGUUUAUUGCAACAGGAAUCAAGUCUACAGGACAGCCUAUCCAGCCUGCACCACCUACACCAAUGACUUUAUUGCAGGGAACAACCACAUUACAACCUCAACAAGGACAGCUAACUCAAGCAAGACAAGUAACCACCACAUUCACGUUACCUGGUAAUCUAGUACCAAUAUCCCAGAUAGCACCUGUAGGUGGUGUGGCUAGUAUGAAUGCUCAACUCCAGGCAAAAACAUCAUCACAGACCACAGCCACAGGACAGCCAACACCUAUCUUACCCAACAAACCCAUGUCACCCCCAUCAGGUCUGGCUAAUGUUGCUAUCAAUGCUAGGCCGAUAUUGCCACAACAUCCACAGGGGCAGCAACAGAGAAAGAUAUCUGUGGGGAGAACACUAGUGAAUCGCUCCACCCAAAACAUCCAACCACUCGUUCCAAUAGGGAGUCAGCUUCCCCCUGGCUCCCAGAUUUCCCAGCAACAGUUUCAGGUGCGCUUCCCUGUUCAGUUCUCACAACAAGCCACUCAGUUGCAACAAGCAGGUCAAACCCAAAAAAAGGGUUCCCAACAGACCAUUGUACAAUCACAGUUAGCCGGUCAAACCAUCCAGGUUCAGUCACAGCCUGUCGCUACGCAGGCACAACUAAUACAACAAGUAAAGCAAGGAUCCACAAAUGUACAAGGAACACAGUCAGUCGGCAAGACACCCAGUAAGUCUCCUGCACAGCGACGACGGUCACAAAAUAAGUGAUUUUUAGAACAGAAUUUUAUUUCAUCUUAUAGAGUACGAUAACCUUGAAGGAAAUAGAUACUAUGUAUAUACUUUUUUUCCUACUGCCGUGCUGCCCAGGGGAAUAUGAGAAUAGAGUGGAUAGCUUAUUUAAAAGGAAUAUAUACUUACCUAAUCCUCAAUAAAUAUAUUAAGAAUUUUUUUCCCAUGGGAGGGGAAGGUGAGUAGAGAUUUGUCAGGAAAAAAUACUUUAGUUUUUAAUCAAAAGAUGAUAUUCUACAAUUAGCAUUAUUAAUAUAUGGUAAUGUAGAUAAACUAAGAAUAAUAUAGGAACAUCUCGACAUAACUUAUUGAGCUAGUUAGAAUAUUUUAGAAAAGGAAUGUAUAUUCUGUAAUUUGUUUUUAUAAGGAAAAGGUGUACAAAGGAAUUUAAUUGAGGAAAUAUUAAUUAUUAAAGUAUUUCCCUGUGCCAUA